CUCACAAACCUAGCCAGUAUGUCCAAUUUUAAAUGUCUAGUUUCUGUUUACACACACACACACAUGACACACCCACACAGGCACACACACUUAAUUCAUGACCGGUCUCCGUCUUCGUAUUCGUCUCUAGUCAAACCACAUAGUUAACUUGAUCACGAAUAUCCGAGUUUAAAUUUUGAAUGAAACAAUUAUAGACUAGACUUUAUUUAUCUCUCGGUUGAACAUCAAGUUAUUAGAAUCUCUUACUUUUGAGAACAAGAGGGUUGAUGACUACUAACUAAGCAUCAAAAUUUUGAAGUUAACCAAUGGACUAUGGUAAGUGUUGAUAAAUGAUAGUAGUAGCUAGUUAACAUAAAUAGAUCCGUUUUUAUUGACUUUUGAGCUGAACUCAGUACUUUGUAAAUACUAAAUGACUAUGGUUCUAUAAGACGAGUAUAGUCGGUACAAUAUGAUCAUCAUGUUGAGUAUGGGGGGGACCACUGUGAUGAAUUUUGAUGUUGAAUAUGAAAUGAAAACACAAUCAUUGUCCACUUUUUGAAUCUGUAAUUACUAGUAACUAGUAGUAAUUACUCCUUCAUGAAAGGUUUACAGCUACAUUAUGAUUCAUAACCAUUGGUUGGGACAGUUGUAAGUUCUGACAGACUCACUAGCCAAAGACUGAGAGUUUUACCAUAUAUAGAAAUAUAAGAGUUAAAAUUUGAGUAUUGUUGAAUGCAAUAAUCAUGGAGUGAUAAUAGGUUGGUUGGUGUUGGUGCCUCAUUGACAUGUCAAUUCAAAUCCUCAUUCAUGCGCCUGCACACUUAGUACUUCUUUCCAUACUAUGAGAUUAGAGCCAUGCACUGUUCCUUCCUUUUAUGCUGGACUAGUUUCAACAGUAAUAGGUGAAUAUUAAUACACUGGUACUAGCAGUAAGUUAGAUUAAUGACUUUGAUGUUAAACUCCCUCUUUUUUAUUGCUGUCAUUGUAGUUAAGAAUGAUUCUUUUUCUAUGUGAAUAAUUUAGCCACCAACUUCAACGGUUCAAUAUCUUUUAGAGAAACCAACCUUAAUCUUAAUGUUAAUGUUUUUCAAGUCAUUCAAGUGUUCAAUGCAAUAAAAAGCUACAAGUCCUAAUCUCCUAUCAUGACAUUUUAUUUAGAUGCGAAAACGGUAGAUAAUUGUGCUUUUGAACUUCCUUUAUUCUUGACCACAAUGAUAUCUCCUUGCUCUUUUUUGUGAUGUGAUGCUUCACUCAAUGAUGUGUUCCAAUUUCAUACCAAGGAAAGGACGAUGAAGAACAGUUAAGCUCAAAACUUGGAACAAAGCCUUGAGUUCUCACCAAACAAGACAUGAAGUUGCAAUUCUCAAUUGUUGUUGCUCUUGCUCUAUUAAUCUCUCUACUCUCUCUCUUUGGCUUGAUUGUAGCCGCUUCUGACUUGAACUCCGACCGUCAAGCUCUAUUGGAGUUUGCUUCUGCUGUUCCGCACGCUCCAAGGCUAAGUUGGAAUGACUCUUCUUCAAUUUGUACCUCAUGGAUUGGCGUUACGUGCAAUUCAAACGGAACACGUGUCAUAGGUAUCCAUCUUCCAGGAAUCGGAUUAACCGGUUCGAUUCCUGAGAAUACUAUAGGAAAACUAGAUGCUCUAAGAGUUCUGAGCCUUCAUUCCAAUGGUCUUGUAGGGGAUCUUCCUUCUAACAUCCUCUCAAUUCCAUCACUUCAAUUUGCACACCUGCAGAAAAACAACUUCUCAGGUCUAAUUCCUUCUUCGGUUUCGCCUAAACUAACUGCAUUGGAUAUUUCCUUUAACUCAUUCUCUGGAAGUAUACCACCUACAUAUCAGAAUCUGAGAAGACUCACUUGGUUGUAUCUCCAAAACAAUUCUAUAUCAGGAACUAUCCCUGACUUCAACCUUCCAAAUCUCAAAUACUUGAAUUUUAGCAAUAAUAACUUCAAUGGAUCGAUUCCAAAUUCGAUCAAAACAUUCCCUUCUACUUCUUUUGUUGGAAACUCUCUUUUAUGUGGUCCACCUCUUCUCAAUAAUUGCUCUUCAAUCUCUCCUUCUCCUUCUCCAUCUCCUUCUCCUGCAUCCACACAAAACCAAAAAGCUAAGACCCCUCAUAAGAAAAGCUUUGGCAUAGCUUCUAUACUUGCUUUAGUCAUUGGAGGAAUUGCAUUCACCUCUUUACUAGUUUUAGUGUUCUUUGUAUGCUUCUUGAAAAAGAAAAACAAUAAGAGAAGUGGCAUACUUAAAGGAAAGGCUUCUUCUUGUGCUGGAAAGGUCGAAGUUUCGAAGAGUUUUGGGAGCGGAGUGCAAGCUGCUGAAAAGAACAAGUUGUUUUUCUUUGAAGGUUCCUCUUAUACCUUUGACCUAGAGGAUUUACUAAAGGCUUCAGCUGAAGUUCUUGGGAAAGGGAGCUAUGGCACAGCAUACAAGGCUGUUUUGGAGGAGGGAGUGACAAUGGUAGUUAAAAGGUUGAAGGAAGUUGUGGUAGGAAAGAAGGAAUUUGAGCAACAGUUGGAUAUUGUUGGGAGAAUCGGACGCCAUCCCAAUGUCAUGCCUCUUCGAGCUUAUUACUAUUCAAAAGAUGAGAAACUUUUGGUUUACAGUUACAUGCCAGCAGGCAGCUUGUUCUUCUUGUUGCAUGGAAACAAAGGCGCAGGAAGAACACCAUUUGAUUGGGAUUCAAGAGUGAAGAUUGCACUUGGAACAGCUAAAGGAAUUGCUUUCAUUCACACCGAAGGUGGUCCAAAAUUUACACAUGGAAACAUCAAAUCAACCAAUGUACUAAUAACAGAAGAAUUCGAUAGCUGCAUUUCUGAUGUUGGAUUACCUCCUUUGAUGAAUGCACCAGCAACAAUGUCUAGAACAAAUGGAUAUAGAGCUCCAGAAGUAACCGAUUCCAAAAAGAUCACACAAAAAUCCGAUAUAUACAGCUUCGGCGUACUGCUACUCGAAAUGCUAACAGGCAAGAUUCCACUGAGAUAUCCUGGUUAUGAAGACGUUGUCGAUCUUCCAAGAUGGGUUAGGUCUGUUGUGAGAGAGGAAUGGACAGCUGAAGUAUUUGACGAGGAACUUCUUCGAGGACAAUAUGUUGAAGAGGAAAUGGUGCAGAUGCUUCAAAUUGCACUUGCAUGUGUGGCUAAGACGCCAGAUACGAGGCCUAGAAUGGACGAAGCUGUUAGAAUGAUUGAGGAAAUCAAACAUCCUGAGUUUAAGAACAGGACAUCGUCCGAGUCUGAAUAUUCUAAUGUGCAGACACCAUAAGUUAACUCACUCUUUUGCUUCUGUCAACAAAUAUCUUCAACCAAUAAGCACAUUUCUUUGUAAAAUAGUACUAAUCUUUGUAUUCAUGUUGGUUGUUAAAGUUUUCAUGUACCUUAUUUGUUACCUUUUGAAAUUUUUGGCUAAUUGUUGUUUAGUCAAUGCAAAUAAUUCAAGUUUUAGUGUGUAUUGCAGACCACAUAA